CCGGCCCCGCGCCCGCCGCAGACGCCCGCCCAGCGCGGCUCGGCCGGCCCACCCUCCUCCCCUCCCGGGGGCGAGGCCGGAGCCUGUUCCUGAGGGCGCCACGCAGCCCCCGGCAGACCCGGCCCGGACCUGCGGAGGGACCCGGGGCCAGGGGACCCGCGGCGAGGCUCUCCUCUCGCCGACCCGCUCUGCCCGCGGAGGGGUCUUCUCCUCCACCUGUCGGGGCGAACGCCAUGCGGGGGGCGGGCGGCGCCCCCGCGCUCUGCCUGCUGCUGAGCCUCCACGCCGCAGGGUGCUUUUCGGGAAAUAAUGCUCACUUUUUGGAAAUUCAUCAGAAGAGCAGAAAGCCAGCAUUCAUUUACCACCAUGCACAAGACAUUGAGAAGAGCCUGGAUGAAGCUCCACAAAAGAUAUAUAAACACAGCUACCGCUCCUCUUCUGAAGCUCAGAUAAGCAAACGCCACCAAAUUGUUAAUUCGGCAUAUCCUCGACCUGCGUAUGACCCAUCGCUCAAUCUGCUGGCCGUGGCUGGUCAAGAUCUUGAGGUGGAAAACCGUCCACUCCCAGCAGCGAAUGUGAUCGUGGUGACACUGCAAAUGGACGUGAACAGGCUGAACGUGACCUUGCUUCAGAUAUUCCGCCAGGGAGUGGCCGCGGCUCUGGGCGUCUCCCCCCAGCAAGUCCACAUCAAUCGCCUCAUUGAAAAGAAGAACACCAUUGAACUGUUUGUGUCCCCCAUGAACCGGAAGGCAGGAAUUUCCGAUGCUUUGCCGUCUGAGGAAGUGCUGCGCUCACUUAAUAUCAACGUUUUGCAUCAAAGUUUAUCUCAGUUUGGGAUCACAGAAGUCUUGCCUGAGAAAAAUGUUUUACAAGGGCAGCAUGAAGCGGACAAAAUCUGGAGCAGAGAAGGAUUUUAUGCUGUUGUCAUUUUUCUCAGCAUCUUUGUUAUUAUAGUAACGUGUUUGAUGAUUCUUUACAGAAUAAAAGAAAAAUGUCAGCUUUCCUUGAGACAAGAUAAAGAGAAAAAUCAAGAGAUCCACCUGUCACCCAUCACGUUACAACCAGCGCAGUCCGAGGCAAAGGCGGUCGGCAGCAUGGUCCAGCAUGAGCAGCUCCCAAAGGUACUGAAUGUGGUCGUGGACCCUCAAGGCCGAUACGCUCCUGAGAUCAAAGCUGCCACCUCGGUCUGCCCUUCUCCUUUCAAAAUGAAGCCCAUAGGACUGCAGGAGAGACGAGGCUCCAAUGUGUCUCUUACUUUGGACAUGAGCAGCUUGGGGAGCGUGGAACCCUUUGUGGCUGUACCGACCCCACGGGAGAAGGUAGCUAUGGAGUACCUGCAGUCAGCCAGCCGAAUUCUCACCAGGUCACAGCUGAGAGACAUCGUGGCAAGUUCCCAUUUACUCCAAAGUGAAUUCAUGGAAAUACCAAUGAACUUUGUGGAUCCCAAAGAAAUUGACAUUCCACGCCAUGGAACUAAAAAUCGCUAUAAGACCAUUUUGCCAAAUCCCCUCAGCAGAGUGUGUUUAAGACCAAAAAAUGUAACUGAUUCUUUGAGCACCUACAUUAAUGCUAAUUAUAUUCGGGGCUACAGAGGCGAGGAGAAAGCGUUCAUCGCCACGCAGGGCCCCAUGAUCAACACCGUGAACGACUUCUGGCAGAUGGUUUGGCAAGAGGACAGUCCAGUGAUUGUUAUGAUCACAAAACUCAAAGAAAAAAAUGAGAAGUGUGUGCUCUACUGGCCGGAAAAGAGGGGCAUCUAUGGGAAAGUCGAGGUUCUGGUCAUCAGCGUAAACGAAUGUGACAACUACACCGUUCGCAACCUUGUCUUAAAGCAAGGAAGUCACACCCAGCACGUGAAGCAUUACUGGUAUACUUCGUGGCCCGAUCACAAGACGCCAGACAGUGCCCAGCCCCUUCUGCAGCUCAUGCUGGAUGUGGAAGAUGACAGAGUUGCUUCCGCGGGCCGAGGGCCUGUGGUUGUCCACUGCAGCGCCGGCAUAGGAAGGACGGGCUGUUUCAUCGCCACAUCCAUUGGCUGUCGACAGCUGAAAGAGGAAGGCGCUGUGGACGCACUCAACAUCGUCUGCCAGCUUCGCAUAGACAGGGGUGGCAUGGUCCAAACCAGCGAGCAGUACGAGUUCGUGCACCACGCUCUGUGUCUGUACGAGAGCCGACUUGCGGCAGAAACCGUCCAGUGAUUCUCUGCAGACUCACCAGACCCCCGAUCUCCAGGGGGGAGUAGUCAGCAUGCACUCGAGGCUUCUAGAAGGAGCUUCCUGGAAUGGAAGGAAGGAGAAGCCCCGAAGCCACGCUGCGGUGUGGACUGUGGAAGAC